AUGACCCAAUAUCUGCCACGUUCGAGACGGUUUGCUCCUCUUACGGAGCUUGUAGCUGGCCAGCAUCAUGACUUGCCCAAGUUACACGGAGUGAUAUUCGAUGUUGACGGGACUCUCUGCCUCCCCCAAAACCACAUGUUCUCCGAAAUGCGCGCCGCCCUGCAAAUCCCCAAGCACAUCGACAUCCUCGAGCACAUAUACUCGCUCCCCACAACCUCCCAGCAAGAAACCGCCAUGGAAUCCAUCCGCGCCAUCGAGCGGCAGUCCAUGACGGCCCAAGUCGCGCAGCCGGGACUAGCCGAGCUAAUGGCGUACCUGGACUCGCGGAACAUCCGCAAGGGGAUCUGCACGCGCAACUUCGAGACGCCCGUCUCGCAUCUGCUCAGCAAAUUUCUGGCCGGCCAUGUCUUCCACCCGGUCGUCACGCGCGACUUCCGCCCGCCGAAGCCGGAUCCCGCGGGCCUGCUGUAUAUAGCGCGGAGCUGGGGGCUCGUGCGGGCUGUGGAGGGGCCGGGGGAUGAGGGUAAGGUGAGGGCGGUGCUGGAGGAGGAGAGUGCUGGUAGUAGUGCGCGGGAGAAGGAGGGUGCGGUGGGGCGUGACGGUGGGGAGUUGAGUGAGGUGGGUGAUGCGUCGGGAUUGAUCAUGGUGGGCGACUCCAUCGAUGAUAUGACGGCUGGGCGACGUGCCGGUGCUGCUACGGUGUUGCUUGUUAAUGAUGUGAAUAGCCAUCUGGCUGACCAUGAACACACUGACCUAGUGAUUGAACGGCUGGACGACUUGGUUCAAGUGCUAGACUACGGCUUUGUGGGCAGGGAAAUACAUCAGGACCCCUAG